AUGAAAUGCACUGAAUCGAACACAAUCGAAGACUUCCUAACAAAAAUAAUCCUUUUGCUACCACUCUGUAUUUUAAAUACAGAAAUCAUGUCGUCGUCCUCAGAGGAUGCAAAUCAAACAACUUCUACCACCUUCCAACGAAAACAGCGCAUCGGGAGCGACUAUGUAGAUCAACCCGAGUUUUGGAAAAGUAUCCAGUCCUUGUCCUUGCAAGAAAAGUCCCUUUACUCAGAUGUGGACUACACUAAGCGAGGUGUGAAGAAAGGCCGUGUGAGAGGCUAUUUUGUGACUCGUUUGCUUCGAAAUGUGGCUUACUACUCGUUUCUGUUUACCAUUCUUUUUUACAUUUUCCGCACAAUCCAGAUUUCUUACAAAAAUCGGUUAUGGGACGUGUUUACCGCCUGUCUGGUUCAAUCAUUCUCCUCUCGUCCCUGUUUUCAAUGUCCUUUAUCACCACGCACCUCAUCGCCGUGAAGCUCCGCAACCUGCAUGCCGUGAAGUGGUCUGUAGAUCCCACCCGGCUAUCCCUGCUCUCGCUCUCCUCCUUCCUGGUCUUCCUUCUGCUCGACCAAGCAAUCGAGUUGUGUAAGAAUU